UCCUCGCGCGACCCUCGUCGAGUGUGUUUGCGUGAAUGUUAGUUGGUGUUGGAAUUUUUUAACGCUCCUACGGAUACGUUACCCUUAUAGUGUUCUUACUGAAAACGGACUGGUACGAUAUCCGAGGACAGAACAGUGUUUUUAUUCGCAUGUUGCAAGUCUUACAUUCGUUUCGCCCUACACUUUCUCCAUCUUGACACAUUUUUCGAUUUAUUUUCGUCCCGUUGCCCUCGCUUCCUCGCUCGUCCCUUGCUAUUUUUGCAUCGACUGACCGUCUCGCGAAAACGACAGGGGAAAGUAAAGUUUCACGAACAGAAGGACAAAGCACGUAGGUGGCGAUCGAGUAUCGCAGGUUGGAGCGGUUGAACGAAGAUCCGCGUACCGAAGGUGGUACGCGAGAACGCGUAUAAUACCUGCGAGUCUCACCAGCGGAACAAAGGAGUGCCUUAGGCCGGACGGUUGCAACGUGGCGUUUUGAAAUCGCGCGCAAACCUUCCUUUUUUGUCUGUCCCGCGGACGGACGGAUGCUCGCGAUGGAAAUCACCGUGCGAGCCUCGUCGUUCUCGGCGAACCUGCUGCAACGAACGUGCCGCUGUUGAGAAAUCGCCUCGAGUGAGAAACCAUCGAGCACCCAAGCGUCGGGCAUCCGAAACGAUGGGAGGAUACUUUUUUGAGCCAGUGGAUCGUGAAACAAUUCGCGUGGGUCUACCAUCCAGGUAGUCGUGAUUCGUUCGAAAACGUCGAUCGCAUACGAAUUCGGGAAGAAUCGCGACCGAUGAAGCUUGUUGUUGUCUCCGUUUUACCGAUUUCGACGAAGGGAGAGAGAUACAGUGCGAAGAGAAGGUGCGAGAGUGAAACAACGAGUGAUAGAAUAGAACGAAUAUCGAGUUAUGCGUGCAGUGGUUUGUUUGGUGGUUUGACGAGCGUGAUCGAGAAGAUCGAUACGAUCAUCGAUGCCGCGUGCUGGCAAAACUCGUGCACCGCCGUCGUUUCUCGGUGAAAGUCGUUGCAACGCGGAACUCUGUCCUCCAGUGCGAAUGGAGCCGCGCAAUUUGCGUCUCUCGUUGUUCCGUUCCGCUCGAACCGUUUGUGGAAUUCGUUUUGCCGAUAGAAUGGAUAGGAUUCGACUGCCGAGCACCAUGGCAAUUAUUGUCGUUACCUUGCUGCUCCUGCAUCCCGCAGCGGCACAGGGUCGCGUCGAGGAAACGCAGAUGGACACGCACGAGGGGUCCACCGUACAGCUGCAGUGUCGCUUCUCCCCGCCGAGGGAAAACGUAACUUGUUUCUGGUUGACGCACACCAAUGACAAUCACGAUAACGCAGCGAUAGACAAUCUCGCGUUAUCGCCUCAGUACAAGGUGUUCAUGAAUCUGGAGGAAGGUCGAUACGAUCUUCAGAUACGAAACGUAUCGUACGAAAGGGACAACGGCAAGUACGAGUGCCGUGUGAAGGCGAGCGGCACCGGGCACGACCUGCACCGCAAGUUCAUCACUCUGACUGUACUUAGAGCGCCUGGGCCACCGACGAUCUCGCCGACCUCGGCGUCCGCCACCGAGGGCCAAAAGCUCGAGUUGCAGUGCAACACGAACGGCGGCAGCCCCGAGCCGGAAGUCAGAUGGUACCGCGGCAACGAGACCGCCGUUCUUCACUCCGGCAGAACGUUGUCGGUCGAGCCGAAAAAAGAGGACGACAGAGCGACUUUUCGUUGCGUGAUCAGGAACCGGGCUAUGCGCGACGGUGAAACGUUGAAUGCCACGGUAACCCUCGAUGUCAACUACUUUCCGCGGGUUACCGUGGGUCCGGAAAAUCCUCUGAAAGUCGAGGUAAAUGGAACCGCAAACCUCGAGUGUCGUGUCGACUCGAAACCGACCGUUGGUAUGGUACGAUGGUGGCGGGACGGAAGUUUCGUGGCCACCAGCUUUCAGCACACCAUACGAAGAGUCACCGUCCAAGAUGCCGGCAAAUACACCUGCCAGGCGGACAACGGACUUGGAAAGAGGGGCGAGAGUUCCCUCUUGUUGGACGUUCUUUAUCCACCGACCGUCUCGAUAGAGGGCGAUCCUCUGAGGAUCGCCGAGGUCGAGGACACGGUGACCGUGCACUGUAACGUGACUGCAAAUCCUCCGCCGACGGUGAUCGAGUGGUUGCGUGACAGCCGACCGGAUUUUCGACAACUCGGCUCGAUUCUUCGGCUGAGCCGCGUCACGGCCGAUCACGCCGGAAAUUAUACUUGUCGGGCGGUGAACACGAUCUAUCCUUCUGGCGGCGAGAGGCGAAACUAUUCGGCCACCGCUCGGUUAACCGUCCGAGUCAGGCACAAACCGGGUCCAGCCAGGGUCACUCCGGACUCUCCGGUUGCCGUCGAGGGGUCCAGAGUUAUUCUCACUUGUAUGGCCAGUCCAGCUGGCUAUCCAGAACCCAGGUACAAAUGGUGGAAGGAGGGUGAGUCUGGAACGAUAUCGAUGCCCUCGGAGAACACCGGCCCGAGAUACGAGAUCGACUCGGUUCACUUGGGCAGCGAGGGGACGUACAAGUGCCAUGCCACCAACGAGAUCGGCAACGGAGAGGCCGCGUCCGUUAACCUGACCGUACACCAACCGCCCAAGAUACUGACCAAGUUGCAACCACACGUUACCAGGAAGGUCGGCGAAUCAUCGUUUCAAGUGUCCUGCGUGGCGCAGGGCAAACCCCGGCCAAGUGUUCGAUGGUUGAAGGACGAUCAAGAGCUCACCGCGGAUGAGAGGCUCUACAAGGUGACUACAACAGCCUCGGAGGGUCACGGGAACGUGAUCACCGUGAAUUCAACGCUGAGCUUCCUGGGCCAUGCCCGACCGCAAACGGACGAGAUCGUGGCCAGCGAUCGGGGCAAAUACACCUGCGUGUUCGUGAACGAGGUCAAGAAGGUCGAGUCGACGAUGAUGUUGAAGGUGGAACAUGAGCCUAUCGCUUUGCAUCAACACGGCAAAGUCGCGUAUAAUUUGAGGGAGACGGCCGAGGUGGCGUGCAAAGUCCAAGCUUGGCCGAAACCCGAGUUCCAAUGGAGUUUUGGCACCAACGCGGCCAGCUUGCAAGGGUCAUCGAGCGACGGUCAUUACGAGAUUUCCACGAGCAGCGACAACUACGACGUGUACACAUCCGUGCUGAGGAUAACCAACAUCCGAGAGUUGGAUUACGGAGAUUACAGUUGCAGAGCGGCAAACGCUCAAGGUAGCAUCACUUCGACCAUUCGACUGCAACCGAAAGGCGCACCGGAGAGACCCAUCAACAUCACGGCGAUGGACGUCGGCCCUACUCACGUAGCUUUGCUCUGGGAGCUCGGUUUCGACGGCGGAUUGCCCAUCACUAAAUACUUCGUCUCUUACAGAAGAGUACCCGGUGGUGACGAAAUCGUAGCGCCGGAUUGCGCCGUUCCUAGACCACCGGCUGGUCAGUGGCUCGAACUGGACUGUCGUCGAUCUAAUCCGUGUAAUGUGACCAGCCUAGAGCAACAUCAGACGUACACGUUCAAGGUUAAAGUGUACAACACGAAGAACCACUCGGACUAUUCCGACGAGGUAACAGCAACGACCGCGGUUGCCAAAAUUCCGUCGCCGUUGAGAGUUAGCUACGAUCCAGAGAGCGGGAUGCUAGCCAUCAGUGUCGGCGCCACUUGCCUAUCGCUGGUGUCGUCGAUUGAGAAGUUCGAUGGGCCGUCUUCCUCCACGGAUGAGUCGCAGUGGAGGAUUCUCGACGAGUGGCCUCUCGAGGUACUCGGAAGCGCUCCUACUCAAAGGGAGGGUGUCCUGGACGACCUAGAAUCUCUCGAUACCGAACCAAGACUCAGAGUUAGACUGUGUCUGAAGGCGGAUCGGCAAAAAUGUGGCGAAUACGCGGAGGCUGAAAUUGGUCCUUCGUAUAUCGCACAAGCCGGGGCUCUUGCAACACCGACGUUGAUCGCCCUUGUAGUCAGCGGUGCCGUGUUUUUGUUGUUCGCCGCGCUGUUAUUGCUCUUUUGUCGGUGUCGACGAAAACACGUCACCAAGGCGAAAGACUACGAAAUGGACUCGAACGCGGUUCGGCCGAGCCUCGUCGCCGGAAACGGACAGCAGAGCCAGGCGCCGCCGCCCUACUACGCGGAGAACAAAGCCCUCGAACACAGUUUGGAUCACGCGCUAGCCAUGGAGGACUCCAAGACCCCGGCGUACUCGCAACCUGGUUACGGUUACCAUCAACCGAACCACAACAUCAAUGGCGUCAACAUGGGCUACAUGGACAACAGCUACUCGAACUCGAAUAACGGGGGCUCGGUGAACUCGCAAGACUCCAUCUGGCAGAUGAAGUCGGCGGCGGCGAACGGCGUUGGCCAGCCGUACGACCUGGCGGGCUACGCAACCACCGAGUCGGAUUACCCGACCCAUCCUCAUUACCUCCCACAGAGGGAGGAUUACCGGGAGAGCCAUAAUCUAAGUCGACAGCAGUUUUGCUCGGAACCAUUCGCCACCGUCGUAAAGUCUCAAAAACACGUCGAUUCACCGUACGACGUGUCCGGUCUACCUUAUCAGGAGAACUACGACGAGGACGCGAAGCCACCUCAGCAGGUCAGCCUAUCGUACGACGAGAGUCUCGAGUCGGGCUACUCGACCCCGAACAGCCGAGGACGCCGGAUUAUUCGUGAGAUAAUCGUUUGAGAUCUGCCUACCGGCUCACGAGCCGGAAGCACCCGCACCACAUGGCUAUAGCAGGAGGCCACUCCCACCGGAGCCACGUAUCACCCGGUGGACCAUACGCGCGAUCCUCUCCGCCAUAGGAUGGAGAUAGUGAUCGAGAACCCCGUGGAAUCGCCACCACCACCACCACCGCCGCCUCCUCCGCCGCCCCCGUUACAGCCGCUGACGAUGUCUUCGUGGAACGCCAUCGUCACCGCUCCAUCGACCACUACUUUUUCGUCGUCGAACGUCGUGGCGUGCACCUCGAUGCCAGCUGCUACGACCGUGAUGACGAUAA